UCUGCAGAGGGUGGGGUGGGGUGGGAGUGAGAGGGAGUGUGAGCCAAAGAUGAGAGGCCUCUGUCUCUCUGUGCCUCUCAAACAAACAAAAAGACAGGACUCAAAGUUUGGUUUUGAACUUAAAAACAGUUAAGACUUCUAGGAACUAUGAUGAUGGCAACAGCUACGGUUUGCAUCAUGCUCAAUUCCUGUCAAAGCUCUUGGCAAACCACUGACACUGCCUGCAGCGGCCAGCAGCACAAGCAACGACAGCAGGGUGGGUGGGUGUGACUUUGCUGGAGGCCAGCUGUGCUACCUGUGAUGCUGUCUGACUCAUAGUUCCCUUCAAGGACAUCAGCAGACCCGGGAGCCAAGAUUCACGGCAAAGAUGUUUAUCUGCAUCACUGUCUUGCUACUCAGCCAAAAGGACCUUGUUCAAUUACUUUGUACAGAUAGUACAAAGUAAUUGUAUUCACUCCUAACAGGGAUCUAGAUCUGUUUUCAUCAACAUAGGAAGAUGGCCUUGCACAGCAAACACAGCCACAGUGGGAUGGUGUGAAUCCACUUUGAAAGUGGACAUUUUCGGGGCUGGCGCUGUGGCACAGCGGGUUAAUGCCCAGGCCUGAAGCGCUGGCAUCCCAUAUGGGCACCAAUUCUAGUCCUGGCUGCUCCUCUUCUGAUCCGGCUCUCUGCUGUGGCCUGGGAAAGGAGAAGAUGGCCCAAGUCCUUGGGCCCCUGCACCCUGCACGGGAGACCCAGAGGAAGUUCCUGGCUCCUGGCUUCAGAUCGGCACAGCUCUGGCCAUUGUGGCCAUCUGGAGAGUGAACCAGUGGAUGGAAGACCUUGCUCUCCGUCUCUUUCUCUGUAACUCUUUCAAAUAAAUAAAAUAAAUCUUUAACCAAAAAACAAACAAAAAAAAAGUGGACAUUUCCUAAGGGCAGUUUCCUCAGGGAGGGAGACUUUGGGGUAGUUUGUUUACAUAACACAAGCACAUGGAAGCUUUUUAUGUGUGUUUCUCAUCUGUCUAGGAUGGACAGCCCACUGAGUGGUUCUUCUCUGCCAACGCUGUGCUGGUUUUAUGUGUAUUCCUCUGUAUUAGCUCUGCCUAAAAGAGAGAACGCUCCGCACAGCCCUUGCUCUCCUCAGACGGCACACAACCUUGGUAUGGGUCUUGGAUGAGUCUGGCCUCUCGAUCAGAUCAUCUCCCCGGGGUUGCAGACAGAUGGACGGCCUAAAUCUAUAAGCGUCACCCAGGGUCACAUUGGCCUCAGAGACCCUGUCUAGAGAGCCAGCAGAAAGUUACCUGACAGGAGUGUAGGUAAUAAAAUCCCCACCAGAUAACUGAUAAAACCAAGAGCUUGCCCGAGGUCACUGGCUGGAGCCAGUGCUGAGUGCACAACCAGACCCACUGGCCAGGCAUCCCCACCAGCCCACCCAGGCACGGCGCGCUCAGGAGCUGGCUCCUGGCACAGAGACUGGAGGAAGAACAGACAGGAGGGGAAAUGCGGGGCAGACACAGCUGCAACCACAGCUAGUGAGUAAACAAGUCAUCUGCACCUGUCCCCAAGCAGAGCCUGGUCACCAAGAGGACAACUAAUUUUAGAAAUACACGAGUCUUAAGAAUCACCACAGAAGUGAUCAAAAUGGAGACCCCCAAAAAGCAAAAAAUCUCUACCCUUGUCUACAUUCAGCUGAUACAAAAUGGACAGUCUUUCAGCUGACUAUUUUAACCAGUUCUCUGCUGGGUUAGAUCAAGAUGUGCCAUCUGAAUCUUCAAGAAAGCACCAGGCCCUUACCUGCAGCCAAGCCCUGUGGCCACACACACCAUGUCCCCAUGAGUUUUAAUUCAGACAUCAGUGCCUCAACUAGCCCAGGGAGAAGGGCUCCGCCUACUGCCAGGCCUUGCCCAAGUUCCCAAAUGGAAAUCUCUAGGGUCCCCUUUUUUCUUCCACACACCUCAGUGUCAUUGUGUACACUUGAACACUAGCGCCCUCUCCUUUCUCUCACAGCAGUGAGGGCUGGGUCUCACCUUGUGACAUUUAGAUAUCUCCCAUUACAGGGCAUUCUGUCAGUUAUCGGAAGAAUGUUCUGCUGGCUGAAGAAUACUGGCUGCAGUGACCCAAGUCAGGGCCUGUAUGGACCCUUAGAGCAGUCCCAGGUAGACUCAGAAAAAAGAAAACACAAAACAUGCAGAGUAGUGGUCAUCCCUGGGUGAGAUUUCGUUACUGCAGACAGCUGAUGUUGCAAGAACACUCUAAAAGCACACACAGUAAGGAGCUGUGCUGCAGAGCCCAUUAAAAAAAGUCCUGAGAAGAUGCAGUCUUGGGCAUGGUGGCCUGGGGCAUAGAAAAAUACAUCCGUAACUUGCUCUGUGGUUAACAGCUCCUGCAGCGAGGACACAGCAGUCAACAAAGGUGCGCAGGAGGAAUGGAAAUGAAAGCAACUGCAAGUGGCAAUUUUAUAUUGCAUGACAUGAACUGAUAUACAGAAGUUAAAUGACUAUCAUUCCAAGUCAGCAUCUGAACAGAAGCACUUCUGGAUCUUGGGAAACUGGGGCUCACGUCAUGUGAGGGGUUGCCAGAUGUUUGGUCACGUUUACAUUUCACUUUGAUAUCCAGAGACCACCUCUCAGGGCUGGAAGGCCAUCAACGAUGACAGGAUCCCAAGUCUCAGCUGAGACUGAUUGAGGCAUCAAAUGUUUACUAAGCAACCAACAAAGGCAGGCAGCAUAUCUUGCAAGGUGUCAGAAAUCAUGGUGGGCUGCUCCAUUUCCUGUCCAGCUCCCUGCUGAUGGCCUGGGAAAAGCAGCACAAGAUGGCCCAAGUGCAUGGACCCCUGCACCCAUGUGGGAGAGCCCUGGAAGAAGCUCUUGGCUUCGGCCUGGCCCAGCCCUGGCCAUUGCAGCCAUCUAGAGAGUGAACCAGUGGACAGAAGAGCUCUCCCUCUCUCACUCUCAAAUAAAUUAAUAAAUCUCUAAAAAGAAAACAACUGAAGUACAGCACCCAGCCCCCUGCUUUUCCCAUGGCGAAGGCCAGGCUGGAGAGGAAAACAGGACACAUAUGCACCGUCUCCCUGCGAUCCUGUGCCUCCCGCAGCUUGCAGGCCAUGUGAGCACUCUAAAGGGCCAGCUUUGGAACCUAAGCCACCGUACACACAGUUGAGAGCUCAACUCUGCCUCAGAACAGCAUCUCCAGUGCUCAGGGCAGGCAGUGCAGAGACGUGUGCCCCGUGUCUUGGGAGGUGGCCAGAACAGACGCACACCCAUGGCCUGGCUCAGGCAGGAAUAUGGAGAACCCGCAUGUCAGGUGCUCUCCUAGGCACUGGGGAAACAGCAUCUGUCCAAUUCAGCUUGUGUUUGGCAGGGCAGAAGGGAGAGGGGAGGAGUAGAAAAUACAGACAUCCGUAAAGCACAGAGCACUUCACACGGUGAUUUGUGUCACGAAGGAACUCAAAGUAGGGAGGGGAGUGCUGUGAAGCUGCAGUUCUGAACAGGGAAGGUUUCCCGGGCAGGGGUUCUUCCAGCACAGAUCUGAAGCAGGUCAGGCAGCAAGCCAUGGGCACAGGGAAGUGCAAAGUGCAAAGGCCUGGGCUGUUCCAGGCCAGCCCAGUGGCAGUGGCUGAGCAGAGGGCAUGGGGAGAGUGGGAGGAGCUAAGGGCAAGGAGGCGGUGGGCGAGGCUGGGGUGCAGGCCUCUGUAAGAGAAAGAUGCUUUCACUCUGAGAGCUGGGCAGCUUCUGGAAGCCUUAGAAGUCAGGUGGCUCCACCAGCCCCCAGCCUCUGAGGAAGUCCUGACAUCCAAGAGACGGCUUCUCACAGCAGGGAAACCACCACCAGAUGCAGCUCCUCUCUGGCUAACCUGUCUCGGGCCCCAGAGAACUGGGUCAGUGUGGCCACACUCCAGGCAAUGCAGUCAGGCACACACACACCUGGAACCUGAGCUUGACCCCCCUGGGGGACACAAAGUAAGGCCUGAGCUCGGGUGAUACAGCAUGCCCGAGAGCUGAGGAGUGUCACCUGAGGCCUGCUAACACUGAGCCAGGAAGGACUCUUCAGGCUCAACACUGAGGUAGUUUUAUUUAGCAAGAUCCUUAGUAUCCAAGUUUCUUUCUCACCACCUCCUUUUUUAGUGUCUGCCUGUUAGAAAGACUCUUCCCUCCUCGAUUCAGCCAGCAUGCAACAGACCCUCCUGCAGGCUCCUCAUCUCACAGUCCUCGCCCUCGGAGCUGCAGAGCCCCUGAGAAGUCAAGUCACCCCUGAGAAAAACGCAAAAAAGAUACUCAGCACCAGGCAGCAGGGGCCAAAUGAAACCCUGACAGCGCUGCGGCCCAGAGAAGGGGAGGCUUCAGGGCCUGCAAGAAGGUGCAGGCAAGGAGCUCCAGGCUAGGGAACCAGAGAGCUACGCCCAAAGGCCCAGUCGCUCAGCCAGACUUGCACAACCAGAGGGAAGAGCCGGGGUGUGGGGCACCAGGCAGCACACAGCACACGGCUGGGCAGGGCACGGGCACAGCAGCCUGGCGGACGCUUCUGGGCAGGCUUACUCCCCGUCUCAUCACACCUGACAGCCGAGACGCUUUCUACACUUCUCCCUUCUCUUUAUCAGUCCUACUUUGGUUCACAAACCUUUCAGACUAUGUCCUAUGGUGUUCAAGGUUUAAGGAGAAAAGUCUGGAUUUGGCCCCAUGCUCCAGAUCUAUGGCGUCCAUUCCAGUUCCACUGGACUGCAACCUGUACUUUUCCAAACCACCCAUACAUACUUUUGAUUAUGUGAGGUUUAGGAUUAAACUCAGCGGACUUCUUUAAAAAAAAAAAAAAAAGUCAUUUGUUUUUAGUUAUUUGAAAGGCAGAGUGAGAGACAGCAAGAGUGAGAAAGGGACAAAGUGAAAGAGAAUUCUUCCAUCUGAUAGUUUACUUCCCAAAUGUCCCCAAAGCCAGGGCUGGGCAAGGCAGAAGCCAAAAGCCCAGGACUCUACACAGGUCUCCCAUGUGGGUGGCGGGAACCCAAUUACUUGAGCCACCGUCUGCUGCCUGCUCAGGUGCAUGCCAGCAGGAAGCUGGAUCAGAAGUGGAGCAGCAACUUGAACCCAGGCACUCUGAUACGGGAUGUGUGUCCCAAGUGGUGUCUAAACUACUCCAAGAAACUCCCGCACUAUUCCUAACCUAAGGCCCACUCCCAACAGCCCUUGGGCCAGAGCACAGCCACAUCUGAGAUGGCUUCCACAUCAAAGUGCCUUUGUCUGGGGCUAGUUUUGUGGCACAGCAGGUAAAGCCACCACACGCAACGCUGGCAUCCCAUAUGGGUGCAGUUCGAGUCCUGACUACUCCAGCUUUGACCCAGCUCCCUGCUGAUGCCUGAGGAAGCAGCAGAAAAUGGCCCAAGUGUUUGGGCCCCUGCCACCCAUGGGUGGGAACCUGGAUGAAGCUCCUUUGGCCUGGCUGCUGCAGCCAUCUGGAGAAUGAACCAGUGGAUAGAAGAUCUCUCUGUGCCUCUCACUCUCUUUCAAAUAAUAAACCAAAAAAAGAGAGAGAGAAAUUUGUUCAUGGUUAAAAAUCCAGAUAUGAAAAGACCAUAGCCAACUGCACAGAGCCGUAAUCACAGCAGGGCUGGGAGAGCCCGCAGUUCUGUUGUCCGCUAUCCGUUCAAGCCAUUUGUUUCAGAACUAGGUGUGACACCCUGCUCUGCCGUUAUCUGGCACUCUUGGGCAAAUCACUUAGAAACUCUGGCUGCUUCCACAGCUGUACCACCACCUCCCUGGGUGACAGGUUUUAGUAAGGUACAAAAAAUGGCCACAAAAUGUUAAAAAUCUCAAUCCUGUCUGCUUCCCUAACUUGUAAGGCUACUGUUCUUAAUGUUUAUCAGCGCUAUGAAACCUGGUCCACUUCCUUCCAGAAGCAGUAGGAGUGAGCAUUCUCCUCACACCCAACCCAAAUCAAUAAACACCCGCAUACCCUCCCUAACUGUGCCUGCUCUGGCCUCCUCGUCUUGAAGGAGAAGCCCAGACACUGCAAUUAACACUUCUGGGCACAGGCACAGCUUCUACUGAACCCUUGACACCUCCUUGCAGUCACACUCAGUGGUGCUGGGUCAUCCAAUGGACAGACCAAUCAGGGGGUCAGUGCACCCACAAAACAGCAGCACUGAACAGGUAACACGAAAUGGUUUCUGGAAAAAUGAUCCAACACUACAAAAACAUCACAACUGCCUUCAUGGAAAAAACCAGAAUGUUAUUGAACCUCUUUACCCUGUACUUCAAAGGCUUCAUGUUUUUACUGCAUUUAAUGUCAGAGGACCCUCAUCUUUUUAAAUUUAUUUAUUUGAGAGACAGAGUUACAGACAGUGAGAGGGAGAGACAGAGAGAAAGGUCUUCCUUCUGCUGGUUCACUCCCCAAAUGGCCACAACAGCCAGAGCUGCGCCAAUCCAAAGCCAGGAGCCUCUUCUGGGUGUCCCACACAGGUCCAAGGGCCCUAGUGCUUGGGCCAUCUUCUACUGCUUUCCUGGCCACCGCAGAGAGCUGGAUCAGAAGAGCAGCCGGGACUAGAACCAGCACCAUGUGGGAUGCCUGCGCUGCAGGUGGAGGAAUAACCUACUGUACCGACCCUCCUCUUCUUAGCACUGAGAGCACAAAGAGGUCUUCCUCUGGCCAAAGUACUGUCCUUCGCCUAUCACAGAUGUAGUGAGCAAGGCUCUGGAAGGCAACUACCUGUUACCCGGCUUGGCAGGGGCAGAGAAAAGACCUCCAACUUGGUCUGUCAACUUCCAGGGUAGGCAAGUGCUGGCUCCAAGACUGCGUCACCAUCACCAGAGCACUGCCUGAUGAUCACAGAGCAGGGGCAGCAGUGAGCAGACCAGCCACCCACAGGCUCAGGACUGGCCAGACAGCCAUCUCCCCGCGCGGUGGCCCUCUGGAGGGGGAAGGGGUUCUGCUGCAGGCCUGGAGCCGAGCACCCCCCUUCCUCUGCAGCACUGUAUCGCAACGCAGACUGGCUCUGGGAGAAUCCUGACUGCAGAGACAGAUGGGGACACAAGAAAUCUGUCACCAAGGCCGGCCCUUUUCUCCCCACUGAAGGCCAAUGUCCUGUGCAGAACUGCCCCCAAACGCUGCCUUCUCACCAGCACAUCCUCCACACAGCCGGCAGACAUCAGUGUCAACACCACCUCUCCCUGUGUCCUCUGAAUGCUUCUGCAAGUGCAGACCAAACGUCACAAGGCCUGUUUCUUCUCUCAGACACAUGAAUGGAGCAAGGGGUCAGAGUUUGACGUUAUGGAACAAACUACUGGGGUCAGGAGACUCCGAGCCAUGAUCUCCAACUCAUCAGCACCAUGAGCUGGCCGGCUGUGAGACAGCCAUUUCCCUAGAGCUAGCACGCAGCAGACCUGCAAGUUCAAACCGGGGAAACUUACCCGAUAAAGAGCUGGCUCAAGGCAUGCAAACUGACUCACUUCCGUCAUUCUCAGCCUGCUGGUAGUCUGGCCUUUAGGACACAUUCCAUCCACUCCCUCUCAAAACAGUGUUUCCUGAAGUACUGUUCACUCGUACCGAGUUUCUGCUCUUAGGAUAAUUCUAGAACCGUGGUUGGUUGUUUUUUAUCCUCGUAAGAGCACAUGCAAUACCCAUUCAUCCUAUGGAAAAAUCUCCAAACCUCCUCAGAUCCUCAGGGCUAGGAGACAGACUUUCAAGUACCUAGGACCUCUGUUUGUUGCAAAUCAGCAAGCGAGAGGAAUUCUUGGUAAUCACAUGCAUGCUUAACUCUCUGGUGGGGGAGCACACUGAUGUCUCCAACCCACUUUGACAGGUACAAGCAAGUGCACCAAAAUAAACAGACCACGUAACAGAUCUGUUACACAGACCUGUGGUAAAGCACAGGCAUCCGCUGCAGAAUUCCCGCAACUUUUCCUUAUGUUCCGAAUGUUUCGUAACCAGAUGUGCUUGGGGAGAAGUCAUCUGAGCCAACGAGUGACUGAACACCUCCCCCGUUAGGGGCAGGCAGCACACAGGCCUGGCCCGCCUCUCCUCUCCCAACUCCCAGGUGAACCCCAAGGGGAGACGCUUCGCACCACGGAGAGCGCUGCCAUUUCCCUGGGCACUGCGCUGCCCGGCAUCAGGCGCCAGAUACCUAUAAUCCCUGAGGUCUCCUGCCCCAGGGCCCUCCACGCUGUCGGCCCAAGUGUGCCUGAGAGUAUCCAGGGAGCUUAUUAAAAGCAAAUCCCGGGCCACGUCUGAUAACUACUGCAUCACAAUCUGGGGCGGGGGGGGGGGGAGUCCCAGGAACCUGUCGGUUUAACAAGGGCCCCAGGCGGGCCUGACGCAGACGACCCUCAGCUCGCGUCAGCACCUACAGCCGCUCUCCCCAUCCCACCUGACACCUGUUGAGAGGCCCCCGAGGGACCCUCUCCACCAAGCUCCGGACGGCCGAACACCAGGCCGGACCAAGCCACCGCCUCCCCAGCGCGGCGCACUUAGCCACGGCCCCGACCUGCACACGCGGUUAGGCCGGGCCGGGGAGGGACUGCCAAGGUCACCUGCGCGGCCCGGCACAGCUGCUCGGCUCGGGGACCCUCCUCCCUACCCCCUUUCCUCGAGGACACAGCGCCCGCUGCCUCCUCCCCCUCCGUCUCCUGCUAAAAACGCGAGGGUAUUUUCCCACGACACUCCCCGACAAAAUGCGUGGAGGCGGGACAAGCACCCUAGAGUCAGCAGCCCACCACCCAGGGGCCAGGCCCGCUCGCGGCCCGGGGUACGGGGGGCUGCCCCCGAAGCCCAGCCGCCGCAGACACCGAGACCCCAGGGCCGCCCGGGGGCAAGGGCCCAGCUACGCAGCGCCAGGAACCCGUUACCUCCAGAGCCCGCAGCCGAGUUCAGCCGAGCGCGGAGACCCGCCCAGGUCUUGCGGGCGUUCCGAGCAGCCCCUCGACCCGCGGUCUGCGCGCGCCGCCCCCGCCCGCCUGGAUUCUGGGAGGCGCAGUCCGCACGCGCGCUCCCGCAGCGUUCGUCGGGGGCGGCGGAACUACGACGCCCGGCAUGCACCGCGCGGCCCGGGGGGGGGAGCGCGGCCGCCGAGGUCGUCCCUCCGCCCGAGGGGCGCGACGCCCAGCCCCCCUGCCUACAGGUCCAGGCGGCGGGGUCGGGGGCGGAGGUGUCCCCGCCGAACGCGUCGAGGCGACUCACCGUCUCCUGCGGCCCCACGGCGGUGGCCGCAGCCCCGGGAGCGGCCGCCUCAGCAGCGGCUGUCGCCACAGGAGCCGGCAACCAGAACCUCGGCCCUGUGUUCCACCAGUCUGGAUAGAGGCCAUUCCUACCGGACCACUGUGACUCGCUGCCUCCUUGAGCACCUGUCCGUGCAGCCCUUGGGAUCACGGACAGCUACCGCUUGUCCAGAAGGACCUGGGACCCAGCCCCGCCAGCACACCCGUCUCAGGAUGAGCUUCUCGCUCACAUUCAUGGAGCUGGCCAACAUCGCCAUCCCGCAGUGCGGGGUGGUAAACUUCAAGGCCCUGCAUCUCGUGCUGCAGGGCAUCCUGGAGCACAUCCACUUGGCCGAGCUCUCGAAGGUCCUCUCGGGGGACGAGGACUUCCUCCAGACCUCACAGAUCAUGUUCAUGCCCAGGGAAGGAGACACCCAGCCCAUCCUCAACCCCAUGAAGCGGCUCGGCAACAUCUUCGACCACGUGGUGGAUCGCAUCAACACGAUGGAGAACAAGCUGGCUGAGCUGCAGGACCAGCCCUCGACUGACCAGCUGCUGGCGAGCAGCAAGGGGACCGGCCAGCCUGCCCAGAACCUGUGGCAGCUCAUCAGGCUCCGGAAGAAAGUGGAGGGCAAUGAGGAGGCCCUGACAAAGUCCAUAAAUACACUGCAGGACUUGCUCACUGGCCUUUGCGGGCUCAAGACCACCACGGAAACGCUCAGGAAGGACGUGGACAUGCUGAAGGACAUGUUUGAAAAGGUACCCUUGGAAAGACUGGGUUUCUUGUUUGAAGACCUGAGCGUGCUGAACCGGAAGAUGAGCCAGCUGUGGCGGGAAGUGAAUACUAUCCAGCACAAGAUCAGCACCAUCCCCAAACCCGAGGACAUGGUGCUGUGGACCAACCUCCACGAGGCCAUGUUCCCCCCAGGAGCUGCCGCGUUCAACCUGGAGCUCUCCGACACAUGGGAGAUCCCGGAGCAGCCCGAGCACCUCGAAGCUGUUAGUUACCCUCGCGUCCCGCAGCCCAGCAGAAGCCCCAGGCUCCUACAGAGUGCCUGGCAGUAUGAGGUCCCGGAGCUCCUGCCAGAGCGCGAGUCUGCCUACCACGUUCCACUCAGCAGCGACCCGGGGCCAGGCCAGCCUCAGACUCCCAGGCCUGAGCCUGGGCCUGGACCUGCCCCAGGCACUGGGCCCCCGCCAGCCAGAGAAUGGUCUUUGCCACCCAGAGGUGGGCCCCAAGCUGUGCUGGACUCGGGCUUAUUCCAUCCUGGCCCAAGCCUGUCAAGCCUCCUGCAGCAACCUCCACUCCCGUUUUCCAGGGCUCCCCCCCCAGCCACAGAGUUGGGGUCUGCAUGGCCCCGUGCAGUGCAGCCCUACCACCCUAGCCAGCAGGAGACCCACCAGCUCUCCACUAUCGAAGAAAAGGGAGAUGAAUAUUAUGCCCACUCUGCCACAGCCUCUCAGGGUGGGACUCCCAAGGGUGGGGCCCCCAAGAAAGUACACCCUAUCGCCCCCCCACCUCCCGCUCAUCCCAUGAGAACCACUGCUGCCAUUGCUGCUGCUGCAGCUGCAACCUAUGCAGCUGCCGCGGCCUCAGCAGCCAAAGCAGCCAAGGCUGCCGCCGCCAAGGAGGUCAAGGUCGCCCCCGCCACCAAGCUGGCGGCCGCAGCAGCCGAGGGAGCUGCCGCAGGGCCCCUCAGGGUGUAUGCAGAUGUCCUGGGCGCAGGGUCCUCCCGCGGGGCAACAGGAUCCCUGGCCUUCAGCGAGGACAGUGAGGAGCCGGAAGACUCGGACACGGACUCUCCCCUGUAUGGUGCUGUCAGCCACGCUCCCGAAGUGACCCCGUCCCAGGCCAUGCAGGCCGUGUCCCCUGACGACAAGAAGAGGGCUGUCAAGAACUCCUUGGGCCACAUAGCCCAGAUUUCUGUCAGACACGACUCCCUGAAGGAAGAGUUCACGCGGCUGUCCAACAGCCUUCAGCAGCGCCUGCUGUAUCUAGCCAACAUGCACGACUCUUCCAAGCUCGGAUCAGCCAUGGACUUACUGCAGGAGAAGGUCAGCAGCCUUCAGAAGUCCAGGCUACAGGACAAGGAGUUGGAGCGAAUUUGGGGCCAUCAGAUAGAGGACAUGAAGAGUCACUACCUGGUGCUGAACGGGACCAUUGACAAGCUCCAGAUUCGCCUGGAUGACUUCAAGACUCUCCAGGCUCAAAUCAGAAUGCUGGACAAGAACAAGGUGAAUAAAAGCACCCUGGAGCAGGAGCUGAAGGAGAAAGCUGACAGGAGCGCCCUGGCUAGCAAGGCCAGCAGGCUUGACCUGGAGACGGUGGUGACGGAGCUGAACGAGGUGGUCCAGGGCGUGCUUCUCAAGGCUGUGAGUCAGGAGGAAGACUGGAAGAAGUCUGCGGAGCAGCUCAGGAAGGAGCUGGCCACCAAGCUCGUCCACAGUGACCUGGGCCCUCUGAAGAAAGAAAUGGAAGAGAUACGGACAGUCGUCGCGAAGCUGCUGACCGAGGGUCUCCGAUUUGACCCAGACAGCGCUGCCGGCUUCAGGAAGAAACUGUUUGAGCGGGUGAAAUGCAUUUCCUGCGACCGGCCUGUGGAGAUGAUGACCAGUCCGCCUCUGAUCACACUCCGUAAGGUUCACCUGCUGGCGCGGCUCAGGCCGGCCAGUGCCAACAGCUACGAGUACCUGCAGCGGCAGCUGAUGAGGGAACAGCAGCAGCUGCAGCUCCAGGAGGAGGGUCUGGACCCCCUGGGCUCCCAGCAGGACUGGGGUGACGGCCCCCAAAAUGAUGCCACCAGCAGGCUCCAGUCAUGUGACCUGUCCACCCUCUACCCUUAUGGGGACCCCCAGCUAGUGGACUAUGACUCCGCUGAGGUAGACAUCUUGGGAGUGGACGGGAUCCUCUACAGAGGCCGGAUGAGCAACCAGAGUGGGGCUCAGGCCACAGCCACCGUGGAGAAGGAGCUGACAGCUGUGAGAGUUCCGGGUCCCCCGCCUCGGAACCUGCAAGACCGAGUGCGCGCCAGUGCCUUAUUUGGUGCCACCCACCCCUGUGAGUGCUUGCCCCUCCCUCCCUGGCCCACCUGGGAUUCUGGCACGUCCUCUGGUCUCUCCUACUCCCAGCCUGCCUCUUGCCACCAGCCUGGGUGCUUUUUCUACCACAUCCACUUCUCAGCUGCUCUGCUGCAGCCCAGCAGGCACCUGCCCACCUGUACUAGAUCCAGGGAGACCCGCGAGGGGCCCCCUCCCCCUGUAUCUGCCCAGGGAAGUGGGCCCAGGGGGCCUGCGGCUGCCCAGGCUUCGGGGGAGCUUCAUGGCCCCAGGCCAGGCGUUGGUCCCCAGGUGUCUACAGGAGGUGGGACCAGGCAGCCUGCUCCUGCCCUGGGCCUCUUGGCUGGGGCCCCUUGAACCAGGCUGGGUCGCUGAGCGCAUGAGCUGAGCAGCCUGGAUUUGAAUGGCCACGUUCUGGGCAGCUGGGGGCACGUCACAGUUUCAGAGCUCUCCCUUCUUGCCUCAUUGGAGCCACGGGAGGAGUUAGGUACUGCUGACCCAUUUCAAAGAGAAGGGAGCUGCGACCCAAGGUCAGAAGAGCUGGUAAGCUGGGACCUCAGCCCAGACCCGAGAUGCCGUGUCCCACUUGGCUCCCGUUUCUGGCCCACGGCAGUUGUGACUUCACCUGGGUCUGCUCCCCCACCCCCCGAAGUGCAGGCUGCCUGGGACCAGGUCAGUGCACUCUUGGGCUUCUUUACUCCCUGGUGGGGGGGGUCCCUGGCAGACCAGCAAUUCUCACAGUUGUUCUUGGGACAUACCACGGAUUUCUUCUGCCCUCCCCAGCCCCCGGCCCCCACCCCGGUGUCAGCUCAGCCACUUCAGGCUCUCGCCCAGUGAUGCCGGCCAGGCCACCGUCCCUGCCACCCCUGCCGCCACUGACUUCAUCCACGCAGGACCCCCAGCAGGCGCCAGGACUCACCA